AUGCGCACUCCAGACCCCUUCGGGGACGAGAAUCGUUCGCCGAUGAUGGAUCCUCAUCAAAUGAACAACUAUCCCAACCCUACACCGUCCCCAGCACGACCGUUGGACACCUACCAACUCCACGAUAAUCCAUAUGGACAAACGAGCCACUUGCCCAUGCCCUCGAGCGAUCGCCUUGCCGAGCAACCUACAUAUUCCGUCGAGAAUGUUCACAACUCCUACGGCCACCAUGAUGCCUACGAAGGACACGCUGGUUCCCAACCCUAUGGCUAUCAAGACUACGCGGUUGAUCCCGAAGCCCACCAUGACGCAUACUAUACACAACCUUAUCAGCCGUCGGCCACGCCCCAUGAUGAUUACGACCUAGGCCAGUACCCCGAAGGUGGCCAUACUCCUUUCGACGAUAAUGUCCCCAUGCUGCAGCAAGACGAGAACCCCUUCGGGCCAGACCCGUACAGCGCAGAGUACCAGGAUGAGCCGCGACCUACCCCCAGCCCGGCACCCAUCAAGCGGUGGAAGACGGUCAAGGAAGUCCAGUUGUUCAAUGGCAAUCUCGUCCUCGAUUGCCCAAUUGCUCCGAAACUUCUCAGCCAGGUGCCGCACGCCGAACCCCCUGGUCGUGACGAAUUUACCCACAUGCGUUAUUCGGCCGCGACUUGUGAUCCUGCGGACUUCUUCGAAGAGCGGUUUACGCUGCGCCAGAAAUUAUUCGCCAAGCCGCGUCACACUGAGCUUUUCAUCGUUGUGACCAUGUACAACGAGGAUGACUUCUUGUUCGCGCGGACAAUGUCCGGUGUAUUUAAGAACAUUGACUACAUGUGCUCGCGCACCAGCAGCAAGACCUGGGGCAAGGAUGCGUGGAAAAAGAUUGUGGUUUGCGUCAUUAGCGAUGGUCGUGCAAAGAUCAACCCACGGACUCGCGCUGUGCUUGCUGGUUUGGGUGUGUACCAGGACGGAAUUGCCAAGCAGCAGGUCAACGGAAAGGACGUGACGGCACACAUUUACGAAUACACCACCCAGGUUGGAUUGGAGGUCAAGGGUACCCAGGUUCACCUGAAGCCGCGCUCGGGACCUCCUGUGCAGAUGAUCUUCUGUUUGAAGGAAAAGAAUCAGAAAAAGAUCAACUCCCACCGUUGGUUCUUCCAGGCCUUUGGUCGCGUGUUGGACCCCAACAUUUGUGUGCUUUUGGAUGCUGGUACCAAGCCCGGCAGAGACUCGAUCUAUCUCCUGUGGAAGGCAUUCGAUGUGGAGCCUAUGUGCGGUGGGGCUUGCGGAGAGAUCAAGGUCAUGCUUUCGCACGGCAAGAAGCUGCUGAACCCGCUGGUGGCUGGUCAGAACUUCGAGUACAAGCUGAGCAACAUUCUUGAUAAGCCUCUUGAGUCGGCCUUCGGUUUCAUUUCUGUGUUGCCCGGUGCUUUCUCUGCCUAUCGUUUUGUUGCGCUGCAAAACGAUAAGAACGGACAGGGUCCCCUCGAACGAUACUUCUUGGGAGAAAAGAUGCACGGCGCCAAUGCCGGUAUUUUCACUGCCAACAUGUAUCUGGCCGAAGAUCGUAUUCUCUGUUUCGAGAUUGUCUCCAAACGCAAGUGCCGCUGGCUCCUGCAGUACGUCAAGUCCUCGACCGGUGAAACUGACGUGCCCGACCAAAUGGCCGAGUUCAUUCUGCAGCGUCGUCGUUGGCUGAACGGCAGUUUCUUCGCUGCCGUCUACGCCAUCACCCAUUUCUACCAGAUUUUCCGCAGUGACCACAGCUUCCUCCGCAAGUUCAUGUUGAUGAUCGAGUUUAUCUACCAAACGAUUGCGAUGAUCUUUGCGUGGUUUGGAAUUGGAAAUUUCUUCCUGGUCUUUCACAUUCUUACCACGUACCUGGGAAGUGAUGAGCUUUUGGGUACUGCGGGUAAGAUUCUCGGCAUCGUCUUUGAAUGGCUAUAUCUUGCCACACUGGUCACCUGUUUCGUGCUCGCGCUGGGUAACCGCCCUGGUGGUUCGAACAAGUUCUACAUGACCAUGGUGUACUUCUGGAUUUUCAUUAUGUUGUAUCUCUCCUUCGCGGCUGUGUUCGUCACGGUCAAGUCUAUCCAGACGGAGGUGAAAGAAAACAGCUUCUCGGUCAGCGAGCUAUUCACCAACAAGACGUUCUUCUCGAUCAUCGUGUCACUCGGUUCGACCUACGUCAUGUGGUUUGUUGCCUCGUUUAUUUUCAUGGACCCCUGGCACAUGUUCACCUCGUUUAUCCAAUACAUCCUCCUCACCCCAACUUACAUCAAUGUCCUCAACAUUUACGCCUUCUGUAACACCCACGAUAUCACAUGGGGUACCAAAGGUGACGACAAGGCUGAGAAGCUGCCUUCUGCGCACUUGAAGCCCGGCGGCAAGGUUGAUGUCAACAUUCCCCAGGACGAUGGCGACUUGAACGCCCAGUAUGAGGCUGAGUUGGUGAAGUUUGCCACCAAGCCUCCCAAGGAGGUUAAAAACGUCUCAGAAGAGGAGCGCCAGGCCGACUACUACAAGGGAUUCCGAAGUGCGGUCGUGUUGGCCUGGGUAUUCUGCAACUUUGCCCUCGGCGCAGUUGUCCUCAGUGCCGCUGGGCUGGAGACCUUCGACAACACGAGUUCUACCAGCAGCACCAACCAGGAUACCACUCAAACCGAACGGUCCUUGAUUUACAUGGAAGUCGUUCUCUGGUCCGUGGCCGGGCUUUCUAUGUUCAAGUUCUGCGGCGCAAUGUGGUUUUUGGUGGCUCGGAUGUUCCGCGGCGUUUGA